GUGUAUUUUGUUUUUAUUUUGAUCGGAACAGCAGAGUUACUCACAUUUCGUAUAAAGUCGACUACCCAAUUUUAACUUCUAGAAACCAUAUCAGAUAUUUCAAUCGAAAUCUUUACACUCUUUAUUACUUAAUACAUCUGCCUGAAUGUUUCAAUGUACAAAUCAUUGCAGAUACAAACGAAUACAUUUCUGUUGUUGUCACUACUAAAUUGUAGAUGGCGCAGCUUAAUAAUGUCACAGUGAGUUAUAGAAAAUCGUUUUCCUGAGAAAACAAUUUUAGACCAGAGGUGCAUUACAUGCUAUCUAUGUAUCUUCAAAUAGUGAAACUUUUUGUAUACAACCUUGCCUUCGUGCCAGAAAUGAUGCGCACAAAAAAUAUUUGUUGUCCUUUUCGUACACGAGCCUGCGGUGACGAAAAGGCACACAACGAAACGAAAACAUUAACAUCGCCAUUUGUGAAAAGACAAAGCAGUGUAUGAAAGUUACAGCUAAUAUUAUUUAAGAGACAUAUUCAACUAAAACUAUAACGAAAUGACUGGACGCGGAAAAGGUGGUAAAGGUUUAGGAAAAGGAGGCGCAAAACGCCAUCGUAAGGUGCUACGUGAUAACAUCCAAGGUAUCACAAAACCGGCCAUUCGCCGUUUGGCUCGUCGUGGUGGUGUAAAACGUAUUUCUGGAUUGAUUUAUGAAGAAACGCGUGGUGUAUUGAAGGUGUUUUUGGAAAAUGUAAUUCGUGACGCCGUCACCUACACCGAGCACGCCAAGCGUAAAACGGUCACCGCUAUGGAUGUUGUAUACGCCUUGAAACGCCAAGGUCGCACCCUGUACGGUUUUGGCGGUUAAAUAUUUUAACAAGACACUGAAUGUAAUGGUUACCAAUUCCCAACUAUGAAAUAAUAGCUAUAAAUUUGAAUUUAAAUGAUAAAUUGUUCUUGCUAGUAUCAAACAAAAUGCACUUUUAAAGUGAAAUACAUUACUAUUCCAUUUACUGAAGAGAAAAAAAUUAGUUCAGUUUAAUAAAUUAAUGCACGGAGUUCCAAAAUGCAACUACGGUAUCAUAUAUGUAUGAAUUUAUGCUUACGGUUAAUAUGGUUUAUUGUAUAGUUUUUAAUAAUUGUCUACGACUUUUUAUAAACGUUUAUUUAUUGCAACAUAAUAUUAUACAAAAUAUAUACAUAUGCGUAUACACAAAAUUGAGAAAAGGAUUACACAAGAACUGCUGUAAGCAAGAAAAAAUAUACGAAAAUAUAUUUCGGACGCUACAGAGAAUUUUGUAGUGUGAUUUUACAA